GUCCGUCGGUCCGGGAAACUCCACCCGGCAGGACUUCUGUGGCUUUUGCGAGUCUCUUUAGCAGAGGCCGGCUUCUCUAGAACGGAGGCUUUGCCACAUUGCUUGUUGCAGCGCAGCCAGCAGACAGUGCGUCGUCUGGAUUCUCACGUCGAAGUGGCAAGUCCAGGUGGAGAGCAUGCCAACGAACUCACCGUGAAGGCUAAAGCCUCCUUGGUCCAAGUCCAGGCAGCGUCGGACACUGCUUCGAGGCGGGAGUCCAGACGCAAGUUGGACCCGGACUUCUUUGCCAGCUUCACCGACGCCGAGUCGACCUUCGAUGAAGACGGGCAGCCACGUUUUGAGGAGGCUGCAAACCCACGUGCAGUUUCAGACGAAAGCGAAAGCAUUCCAACAAUCGAGCCGCCGCAAUGGUUCCAGGAAAGUCCAUCGGCUGGACCGAAGCAGGCUUGGCAGACCUACGACCCAGAAACAGAGGACGCGAGCUGGCGAGCCAAGGCUCCCGACUGGCAGCUCAGGGGCUUUGGGAGGCUUCAGCAGGAUUGGGCUCCGGUCGAGUCCCGAGAGAAAGGCAAUGCAGACCGCGAAGACGGGAAGGAGGCCGCGUGGUUCGAUACAUCGGUGAACCAGUACGACUGGUUCGGACGACCCAGGGCGCCAACCCCCGAGUCACCCAAGUUCUAUGUGGAGUGGAGCAGGGUGAGCAGGACUGCAGACUUGAGCUGCGGGCCGCCUGGCUGUGUGGCGGAAACAUCUCUAAAGGUGUUCGAGAAUGCCUCGGAGAUGGAGUACAAGAUGUGCCAGCUGUCCGUCAUGGUCCACGCAACGGACUUCGAUGACCAGUAUGGGCGGGAGAAGAUCGAGUGGAUCCUGAUCAACAACAAGGAGGCCAUUCGCGACUUCGCCCCACAAGCACCGAAGGGCUGUGAGACCAACGACAAUAUGGCGGAUCUGCAUGGCUCUGAUAUCACCGAGCAGAAGUUGUCCAAUCUUUCCAAAUCUUCCUUGCUGGCUUUGGCUUCCAAGCCCGAUGCGGCAAAGAAACAAGUACCCAACGAAGCCACGUCAAAGCAGACUGACGCUGGCAAGUCCAAUGCUAGCCAUGAGUUGAAGUCGCAGUCACAGCAGACUGACGCUGGCAAGUCCAAUGCAAGCCAUGAACUGCCAAAGUCGCAGUCACAGCAGACUGACGCCAGCAAGUCCAAUUCAAGCCAUGAGUUGCCGAAGUCGCAGUCACAGCAGACUGGCGCUGGCAAGUCCAAUUCAAGCCGUGAGUUGCUUCUCUAUCCGAUCAUUCGCGACUUGCCGCUGGAGGGCCUGAUCGACGAGACGGGCGAGCUGAAAAUCUCAGGCAAGAUAUCGCCAGCAGUGGACGAGUGCCCUGUGAAUGGAAACCAUUUGAGUGGGAUGGUGGCCGUUGCUUGCUUCGCGCGGCCAAUCGUGACGUUGCCCCCGACAACGACGACGACCACAGUAGCUGUGACGACAACAGUUACGCAAAUCUUCAAGACGAGUGACUCCCAGCACUUCAGCUGCGAGGAGCCUGGGUGCACCGCGACCACAGUCCUUGUGGUCGAUGACUUCAACAUGACGUCUCGAAAGUGCAAGCUGACUGUCAGGAUUAACGAGACCGACUUUGACGAACAAGACGGGACCACGGAGCGUGUGGAGUGGAUCAAGGUCGGUGGGUCGACUAUCACAGAAAACCUGAAGCCGGGCAAGAACCCAUGCCAAGAGGCAGCUUCCGGUAAAUCGCGAGAGUAUGUGAACUUCACCAUCCUUGACGGGAAGGAGGUCGCAGACAAGAUUGCCGACGGCAUGCUCUUCGUGUCCUUGAAGAUCUCGGACAUGGUGGCUCCCACUCCGUAG